CGCCAUGUCGUUGAGCUCCUCCGCCAUUGCCGCUCCAUCCGGCACCUCGACCAGCUCCACGCCCAUCUCCUCGCCCACGGCUCAUCCGGCGUGGCCCCUCUCGCCUCCCAGCCUGCCCUUCCUACUGCGCGCUCUCAGGUGCUGCUGGACACGGCUGACUCUUCCGCGCCCGUCACCUGUUCGACAGAAUUCCUGACCCGGACAGGUUCAUGCACAAAAGCCCUAUCCGGGCGUGCUCCAAUAGCAGUUGACCCCAAGAGGCGCUCUGUCUACACCGGGACAUCUUCCGGCGCGGAAUCCUACCCAACAUGUUCACGCUUCCGUUCGUGCUCAAAGGCGUGCGUGAGGGCACAGGCCGCCGAGCACGUGCUGCCCGCCGAUGGAGUGCUUGUCAACCUGGGGUAUGUGCGGCAGAUGAUCAUGCGUAACACGCUCCUGCAUUCCUAUGUGUCAACAGGGUCGCUGCGGGACUCUUGGCUGUUCUUCAGUGAGAUUGCGCCGGACAGGACGCAGGCUGGGGAGACCGGCGAGGCAUGCACCUUGUUUGGAGAGAUGGGGUGUCAGGGAGUGCUGUCCGAUGAGAUCACGUCAGCCUGCUUCGUAUGCGAGCGAGGUAAAUCAUGAAGUUGGUCAGGUAGGGAAGAACAAAGCCACAAGAUCCAAUGCUGAAGUAGGCAUGAACACCUGGCCUCAAGGGACGCCAUGACCAUGCAUGUGCCUCUGCAUGCCUGCUUCGUCAGUAGCUGAUACGCCAGUUAUCCUGCAGAAUGAGCCACGGCUAUGUGCUCCUAUGACAGUGGCGAGAGGGUUGAGCUGCAUGAUUUAUUCGGAACAAGCGGAGGUGGUGUGGCUUGCCUGUCGUCCUUCCCCACUCUCCGGUCUUGUCGGAUCAGAUCCUCGGCACUGCAAUGCAUGCUUAAUUUAGAUUCUCGAGACGUCUGCAUGCAUCAGCGUGAAACUCUGAACUGAUUGGCUAAUUAUAGUGUAAUGUUGGCCCAUCCUCCGGCAUUCUUCUUCACACUUGAUGAGUGGUCAAGUCCUGCAAUGGGAAUGAGUGGGUGAAGUUAUUCCGCAAACAAACCAACUGUUACACCCACACUUGCUCCUAGCCAGUUCCAUUUGCUCCUCCACCCAUCCCUGUCUCUGUCUGAGGCGAUUCUUUCUUGAGUUUAGUAACCUCUCUUUGCUGUUGUUAUCUUCCGCGCCCCGCAUCCCAAGAAAAUCAAUCGAAGGAACAGAAGACAUUUGUUUGCAAAGGUGAAAGAGAAAUUGACCUGGGAAAGGAAAUAAUGAAAUGCUCUGAUUGAAUAAUGUGGAACUACAUACACAUGCCCAUGCAGUGUUACCACAGCAAGACCUCGACAAAUCCACUUGAAUCUUGACACCAGAUGAUGGCACAUUAACACGGAACGACAAUAGUGCACAGAUGAGCACUGAUACAAAUGCCAACCCUGCACCCAAGGAUGCUAAGGAGAAGAAAGUGGCCGGCUCAUCCUCCUCCUCAUCGGAGCACCUGGACGAAGACGAUGAUUUCUUCCAGAUCGAGGGACCGGUCCUCAAUACCCAAUUCUCCCUGGCCGGACCAAACCUCGACGGAUCCCCAGACCCGAAAAGGAUCCCCUCGUCAGUCUUCGCAAGGACGUCAACAUUGCAAACCGACUGGAGCGUCACUUCGAACGAGGCUCUCUUCAGCAUCAACGUCGGGAACACGAGCUUCUCCAAGGACCAUAAGGUCUUGUAUGGCAAGUCGGGUGAGAUGGGCAACCCCAACGAGCAUUUGGCGCCAUUGCAACAGUUGUCGAAGCAGAGCCCAGGGUCCAGCCCCAUAAAGGGGGCAGUGUCACCCAAGGCAACCGCGGAAGACAACUCGACUGUGAAGGGGGGAGGAGACGCGGAUCACAUAGAUAGCAUAUCUCAUCGUUCCGAAGGAAGCGCAACCAACUUUGCAUUCCUGAUAUUGGCAGGCGAUGAGAAAGCCAGUGGGUGCUCGAAGGACACCCAACCAGAUCUUGCCCGACAAAGCACAGCGCAACUGAGUCAUGCACCAGAGCCAGAGCCGCAUGAUGAGAAGAACGAAUCACCGAAAGCGGCAAUGGAAUCACCGAAAGCCGCAAUGGAAUCACCGAAAGCUGUAAUGGAAGCACCUAAACCUGAAGAAGCCCCGGUAGCGGAACCGGCUCCAGCACCGGUGGAGCCACCGCCAGCGACAAAAAUGUUUCCCUGCUGUUCUUGCUGUCCAUUCUGUUGCUAAGGAGUAUUCAACAGGUGAUCUCAAUCCGAAUCACCUUGGUUCUUUCCCUAGAUGACUCAGUAUUUCAUAGAUGCUCAAAUCAGUAGAAGGCCUUAUACUGAUUUGCAAUCCGAAAUUGUAAAUCAGAUCAGGAACUGGAGAUGAGAGGGACAUUGGCAACCAAUUACUUGCUCUGGGUACAGUAGAUUAUCUUAGAUACAUACACUACUUGUAGAGAAGAUGUUAAUUUUGUACUCCCUCCGGUCCUUUUUACUUCGCAUAUAAGAAUUGUCUGAAGUCAAACUUCACAAAGUUUGACCAUAUUUGUAUGAAAAAAUAUUAAUAUCUACCAUGCUAAAGUUGUA